GCAAGCUGAUAGCAAAGCAAUUGCCACCCAGCCUGCACUCACGGCCCCGGCCGGGCUCUACUGGCAGCUUCCUGAGGUACCAAGGGAGUAAGGAUGGAGGAGGGAAUGAACGUUCUCCACGACUUUGGGAUACAGUCCACUCGCUACCUCCAAGUGAAUUACAAAGACUUCCAGGACUGGUUCGUCUUAGUGUCGGUGAUGGCUGACCUCAGGAAUGCCUUCUAUGUCCUCUUUCCCAUCUGGUUCCAUCUUCAGGAGACCGUGGGCAUCAACCUCCUCUGGGUGGCAGUGGUUGGCGACUGGUUCAACCUCGUCUUUAAGUGGAUCCUCUUUGGACAGCGCCCCUACUGGUGGGUCCUGGACACUGACUUCUACAGCAACACCUCCGUGCCCCGGAUAAAGCAGUUCCCUGUCACCUGUGAGACUGGACCAGGGAGUCCUUCUGGCCAUGCUAUGGGCACAGCAGGUGUGUACUACGUGAUGGUCACUUCUACCCUUGCUAUCUUUCGUGGAAAGAGAAAGCCAACGUACGGAUUCCGGUGUUUGAACUUCGCCUUGUGGUUGGGAUACUGGGCGGUGCAGCUGAACGUCUGUCUGUCCCGGAUCUACCUGGCGGCUCACUUCCCCCACCAGGUUGUGGCUGGAGUUUUCUCAGGCAUCGCUGUGGCUGAAACUUUCAGCCACAUCCGGGGCAUCUACAAUGCCAGCCUCAAGAAGUACUGCCUCAUCACCUUCUUCCUGUUUGGUUUCGCACUCGGAUUUUACCUGCUGCUAAAAUGGCUAGGGGUGGACCUCCUGUGGACGUUGGAGAAAGCCAAGCGGUGGUGUGAGCGGCCCGAAUGGGUCCACCUGGACACCACACCCUUCGCCAGCCUCUUCAAAAACCUGGGGACCCUCUUGGGGUUGGGGCUGGCCCUCAAUUCCAGCAUGUACCGGAAGAGCCGCAAGGGAGAACUCAGGAAGUCGCUCCUGUUCCGCCUGGCCUGUAUUGCGGCCUCUCUGGUCCUUCUGCACCUCUUCGACUCUUUGAAGCCCCCAUCCCAGAAUGAGUUGAUCUUCUACGUCUUGUCUUUCUGCAAGAGUGCGACCGUUCCCUUUGCGUCUGUCAGUCUCAUCCCCUACUGCCUGUCCCGAGUCCUGGGCCAGACACACAAGAAGUCUUUGUAAGACGUGUGGAACCUUUGGUAUUGAAAGUCCAUGGCCAUGCAAGGGACCGGGGGUGACCCAAGCCUCCUGCAACCCAUUGUGAGGCCAGAGGUGCUCACAUCGGCCCCGGUAACCGUGUCUUUCUCUGCUCUGCUAAACAAAAAGGUGGAUUUUUAAAAGCUAACAGGGCGGUCUGAGGAAACCCUGAGUCUAGAAGUUGAGUCAUUCUGGAUGCUUUCCUGAAGAUCCACUUACCAUUCUCCUGUCAGAUAUAGAAGAACAAGUCCAGGCCUGAGAUCCUGACAGAGACUCUCCUCCAGGUGCAGAAUCCUCCCAGCUGGAAAAGGGAAAAGGGCCCAGAACGCAUUUGCUAGGAGGAGAAAGGAGGCGGGGCGGUGUUUUGUGUACUGAGCAAACAGCAGGCCAAGGCCAGGUCUAUAUGGCUUCAGUAGGGCCUUGUCUUGUCUUUAGAUUCAUUAGACACUCUACAGUGAUAGACCAACCAGUGUAAAGGGGAGCCAGGUGAAAGGGUAAUUCUGCUUCCGGCUUUUCUCUCCUAUACAUAAAAGUCACACUGUGUGCUUGUGCUACCGAAUGGCUUGUACAUUGAGUGUGUCACUGCACAUUCAGAACAUUCAGGCAUCGUCAACUUCUCCCUCACGUCACGACUUCCCCCUCCUAGGUCUGCAUUCCCUAGAAUUCUCCUCUGGUCCCCUGCCCCUGCUGCUGGACCCUCAGAUGGCCAGCAGGCAACUGUUCGGUGGUGCUUUUUGUAGGCUUAAGUUAAACUCUGAAAUCUUGGGCAAAAUGUUCGUAAAGGGAGAGCCAGGAUUCCUCUCUCCAGAAGGUCACUCCGAUGUUACUUUUGAUUCCUGGGGCAGAAAUGUGACUCCUUUCUCUAGACCAAGCCAGCCAAGAACUCAUUCUUAGCAGAAAAGGCAGCUCCUUCAUGCCUCUUCUCCAGCCUUGGCUGAUUUACAGAGCAUGUCUUCAAAAAGAAAAAAAAAAAAAAUGCCGAGCUAUUUAUUCAAAAGCCUUGUUUUUGCUACGCAUAUAAUUCUCACCCACACCAAGCACCUUGUUCCUGACAUCUUUGAAAACUACACGUGUGCAGUAUUUUAUUAAAACAAAGUUUUAUUUAAGAAUGGA